GAACAACAAUUCAGAAAGCGACUUGGCACAAGUCUGUGGGCAGAGUUCCUGUUCUUGUGCCAACUGUCGGGCGCUCCGCCUCCGAUCGUGUAUGAUUCAUUUUUACAUGUAUUGAUUCACAUAAAAAAACGAGAAUAAACUGAAACACACAUCACACACGACUCCAAAAUGCGUUCCUCUUCCUCCACUCGCAAACCGAUCGUGCGGGAAUCGCGGUUUCGACACCUGAAUGUCGAGCCGUGGAAGGACAAGUACGAAAACGCGAAGCUGAGUGAUAAGAAGCUCGAAAACCCAGGCAUUGCGAUCAACGAGAAAUAUAUCACGAGAAAAAACUAUUUCACUGUAACAAGCUUGUAAUGCAGAAGAUGCAUCACAGAAGUUCUUGUCUUGCUACACAUGCAAGACAAUGUAUUUUUAGUCGUGUUUCCCCCUAGAAAUAUUGCAUGGUACAGUUUUCUUUGUCAUGGAGAAGGAACUUGUGAUGCGAAAUUCGCAAACGCGUUAUACAGUGAAACACUUUUUUCUCACGAUAAAACACCUCGCGUUCCCCUGGCAAACCGGGGGCGGUGCGGGCGCGUUGUGUCUCCUUGCGUAUAACGGAACGAGCAGUGGUAGCUCUACUUCUUCGGCGAAUUCUUCUUCUUCAACAGGCGCAGGUCCAUCGGCACCUUCAUCAACCUCCACGGCAGACGAGCUAGCAGGAGGAAACAAUGCAGAGCGACGAGGGGAACAACUACAGGACUUAUCCACGACCUGUAGUGAAGACGCGCGCGACAAACCGCCGAAACGCCUGCCCUCGGUCCUGGGCGGAGAGGAGGGAAUCAGCGUCCUAACCGGCCACAGCGGUGGGAUCCUGGAUUUCCAGUUCUGUCCCUUUGACGACCAUAUGCAUUGCAAAUUAUGUGCCUGGGUUUGGAUAACAUAACUGUCAGUUGCUCAUGCUGAAUCUUGCAUAGCGCGGCAGUGAUGCUGAUCAUCUUAUUUUCUUGUGUGGCAUCUAUGCAUGAUCAUAAUUUUAUUUUCGCCUCUAUUUACGACCUCUGUCGGCUUUUUUCAUGAUAUAGAUCCUAUUUCCCAGCACGAGACAAAACUGGCGACUGUGUGGUCACAGAUCUUGUUGGGUUUGAGAUCCGUAGUACCCAGACAUGUUUGCAUAGUAUAGGCCAAUUGAUCGCAACCAGUUGUGAGGACUGCUGCCUGCGGGUUUUCCAGGUUGACGACGAGAAGAUGAUGCAGACCAACUCUGUAGAGCGCGCGAACAAAACCCCGAUUUGCGAAAACGAUCAGGAUUUGCUGAAAAAAAUCCACCUGCUAAAUUGGCACAGCCGGGGGCUGCCGCUCGUCACGGUGAGCAGCUACGAUUACAAAAUCGCUCAUUUCGAUCUAGUAUCGAGCGCAAAAGUAUCGUACUCGUACUAAUUGCAAAUAUGCAUAACAUCAAAUCUUCUUCCUAAGGUAAAACAGCAUUACAAAUGGCGUUUCUCAUGCUGAGCAACUUUGUAAUGCAAUUUGUGCUAGUGCGAUGGGAUGCUUUUGCAAUCCAUAUCUAGAACGGGGCCUGAAAAAGUGCGGGGAGUACGACAUUCCGGAGCUGGCGCAGGACGUAUAGAUGUCGUCGUGUUUGUGUGAGAAGUAUUGUUCGGGUCUUUUUUUGUGACAUGCCGAAGUGAAACAGAAAGUGGAAUAAAAGAUCCGCAUGGAAAAAAAGAAAAUUCCGGCAUUUAAAUAAACAUCAACCAAGCACGACACGCUGUGGAACAAAUACAGCAACAUGCAGAUUAGUACAACAUACAUGAAGAACUUCUGAAUUUUUACCUAAAAAGAGAAUUUCUAUCAGCUCCGCUGGUCUUUCGAUGGGCAGCUGCUCGCGGCGCCGUGCCGGGACAAGAUGGUGCGGUUCUUCGAUUUGCGAACGUCCAAACCUGUCUUUGAGCAGAAGUGUCACGAUAGUGCCCGCGGCGGAAAAAUUUGCUGGCUCGAUGCGGUGGAUCUGGCCUCGGGGACGGUGGGUCAGUCGCAGAUUUAUUUGACCACGGGGUUCUCUGCGAGCAGUAUUUUUAGUUGAUGUUGUAAAUUUGUUCGUAUCAUGAAAAAUGAUAGAGAUGAUCAUCUUCAUCUACCUGAGUAGAAAGUAUGAGAUUGAUUACCUAUAGCAUCCAUGACUUCUGGUUCUGAGUGAAAAAGCAAUCACCGCAAAAAUAUCUGAAACUCAACAGCCCAACGCCAGUACGCCAUGUGGGAUUUGCGGCACCCGAAGAUUUCCCAGGCCAGCGGCACGUUAGACUCUGGAACCUCCCCUUUGACGCCUUUUUUCGACAAAGAAACUGGCCUCUUGUUUCUCGCGGGUAAGGGAGACGGCAACAUCCGUUACUUUGAGUAUCAGGACGGAAGUUUGCACUUUCUCGACGAAUACGCAAGCGGCGUGGCGCAGAGAGGUAGUGUAACUUACUGUUUUGCAACUUCGUUUUUGCAUUUUGCAAGCCUCUUGCUUUUGCGCGACUAAAACAGGUCGCGUAGAAGUAGUUUACGACAGAACAAUGAUUCCAUUUACAAAAAUGUAUUUCAUCGCUCGGCAAGGUAUCGGCUUCUUCCCCAAGCUUGCCCUCGACACGACAACCCACGAAGUGGCGCGCGCGGCGAAACUAGACUCCGACAACCAACUUACCUUUUUGCCGUUCAACGUGCCAAGACGGGCGACGGGGUUUCAGUCGGAUCUGUACCCGGUAGUUGCCCAGGUGCCGAAACAACGGGAACUGCUGAAGAUUUUGAAAGAGGAUGUUGAAGACACGUCUUCCUCGUCGCAGACAGUCGUUGAGGAGUUUUUGACGGCCAUUACGAAUAAAGAUGAGAGGACAUCAACAUCCACUGACGUUGAGCCUUCUUCUCUCCUUCCAGAGUUGGAGUUUGUUUCCCAGGACCCAAAGAAGAAGGGGAAGAGCAAUAAAGUCCUGACCAGAGGGGGCGGAGCAAAAGCAAUGACGGGAACAACUACUAGCAAAGAAAGACAGCCAGCAUCGUGUCUGUUCCUCAAGAAAGAGUCAACUUCUUCAAACAGCAUACGGACAUCCGAUUCAGCUCCAAUAGAAGGCGUCGUGCCGAUUCUGAGCUCCACUGAAAAAGAUGAUGAUGGAAUGAUCAACAAAGAGAGCAAAAUUUCUACUAUCCCACUCGGCUGCAGUUCGACUAGUGACAAAGACCGAGACACGCCGGAUGCCGUGAGUAGAGCAAGUUGCGACAAUAAAAAUAGCCAGGAAAGUAGAAGUUCUAGCGGUGUCAAUUCGACAGUAGUUUUGCAGGAUUACAACAAGCAAACUACAUCUUCCUUACCAGCAGCUCAUCUUGCGGAGAACACACAAUUGAGGUCGCAGCUCGCCAAGGCGCUGCAGGAACUGUCCGCAUUGCGGGUAGAAAACGGAACUUUGGCUGGCGCGAACAAGACGCUGACGGAAGAAGUGAGACGGCUUAGGAAGGAGGUGCAGAGCGUUCUGCUAUGUGUAGUUCACGACCCGGCGGGGGGAGCUAGUACAACAAGUGCAGCAGCACCAGCAGCAGCAACCUCCAGCGAUGAUAACAGCGAGAGCAAUCCAUUUACUAGCGGAAAAAUCCCUUGCUAUUCUGACGACCCAGAGCGCAGAUCAAGCACGGCAACGAUAGAAGAGGGAAUCACGACAAACUCCGUGGUGAUUCCCGCACCGAAGACAUCCUUCGUGUUACCGGACUCGGGAGAUGGUGGUCGGGGUUCUUUGGAGAAUACUAGCACGCAGCACAACGACCACCUGCAUGUCUUUGACGGUGCGCGGCCUGGGCCAGCGAAGAGUAACAAUCCGAAAGGAGGAGUUCUUGGUGCAGCGACAACAGACUUGUCCACCCGAGGAAGGAGCCUCGUGUCUGACAAGCUUCUAAUGCAGAAACCGAACAAGUCGAAGAGGGAGCAACAGAAUCUUAAAACGGUGAUGAAACACAGCGAGGGUCAUGCGGCUUCGUGUUCGAGUUCGUCGUCGUCCCCCCCGGCUCUGGCAAGUGAAGACUGCGUUCAGUACAUCCGAUCCCAGCCGCAAGCGUCGCAGAUCAACAUGAUGAGCAGCAUGACGGGCGCUCUGGACUACAAGAAGUCACUGUAUAAUCAACAAAAGAAACAGCGCAGUGGCAGUUGUGUGGCGGAAGAUGUUGGUUUUGCGGCGGAAGAUGUUGGUUCUUCGUCUGCGUCGAGGAAAAACAACAACAGCUUCCUGUUUUACCCCGAAGUCGCCACCCCAUGGGCGUUCGGGAUGCACCAGUCGCAAACCAUAUCAGCGGGAGAAGUGGAGUCGAGAUCGAACUUAUCAAGUGCAAAUGUGUCUGGGUCUGGAAACUUGUAAUGCUGGGUUGGGCAUAGUGAGCUGUUUAGUGUUGCGUUUUCCGCAUUACAAACUGCGUUUUUGCAUGACAAGCAAAGGGAUCUCUUCUUGAAAACGCAUGACAAACUCUUCAGUCAUGCUAGACAAGCAUGACAAACCUUGCAUCCUUCCAGACCCAGGCAUAUUUGUAAGGCAUAGAACUCGAAAGAUUUAAGCGGAUCUAUUUUCACCAGCAACAUGAUGACAGCAGGAACAGUCUCAGGCACAACUAGUGUGAAUCAUGUGAUGAAUUCCGCAAGACAAACCUACAAUACGUCCGUCAAUAUGACUACGCCCACGGACUGUGAUGAUCAGGAGGUAGCUGGACAUGAGCACCCCCUUCCCUCUAUGCUUUGCAAAAGUAUCGUACUCGUGUAAAUGCAUUACAAAUGCCCUCAGCAUGAGAAAUGAAAUCUGUAAUGCGGAUUUACUUUCUGAAAAAAGAUUUGUAAUGCAAAUCUUGCAUUUCUACGAGUGCGAUACUUUUGCACAGGAUACCCUCCGACGCGUCCAAGCGGAUGACGGCGCAGCAGAGUGGUCUACUUCAGGGGGUUGUACACACCAACAGCAGCAGCAACAGCAAAGCAGCAGCAGCUUCUAUGGGCACGAGAACGACUGGGCAACAGAGCAAGUUUUUGGACAUUGACGGAACAAGAAUCCAAGGGAGAUCAACUCGGCGCAAACUGAACAUGAGCAGUUCCGCGAGUAAUCUGUCAUCGAGAAGCCAUAUGCACUGCAAAGGUAUAGCGUACUAGUACGAAUUGCAUAUAUACAAAUUUUCUUAGAAGAAGAAAAGUGGAAUUUGCAAUGCUAACGCAGGUAAGAAACUAGAUUUGUCAUGCAUAGCAGCAAAUCAUACGAGUGCAAUGCUUUUGCAAUGCAUAAGCCAGGAGUCCAAGGCUAGUUCGACGGCGAGCUCGCAGUCGGGUGGGCGGAACGGGGGAACAUGCUCCGCGGGUAGUUGUGGGGGGCAACCGCAGCAGGUUCUGCCAUCAGACGCUCCUGAAGCUGCGUCCUCCUCCUCGAGAGGAACUUCUAUGCAUAAAUCCACCAACUCUACAACAAUGCACUCUGCAUCAUCGUCGAAUUAUCACAACCUCCGACCGACGAAUUCAGGGGCGGAUCAACACGCGACCGUUCCGGUCGUAAAUGUGACGGCGACUGCUUCUCCAGUGGGGGACGAGGAUAACGGACAGCAGCAGCAGCAACCCGGAGCUACAAGCUCUUUUGCACCCCCGACGAGGCGGAUUGACAGCACGAAAUUGUCGACCAGAGAAUCAUCUGGAAUUAUAGCAGGAGGGGUAACAGCACAUCAGGGUCUGCUGGAGGGUCCUCCAGGAGGAGCAGGAACAGAAGCACUGGUGUCCGGGGAUCAAAGUGUGAGCGGCAGCAUCAAGACGUCUGAAUCCUCUAGAACAGCAGCUGCAGGUGGAUCUUCGUCAUCGUCUUCCAUCUUGCGAAACAUCAAGAACGAAGUGGUUGCCGGAAGAGACAACUUUUCCAAUUCGACAUCACAAGAAGAUAAAAUCAACUACGGCACCAGCACCAGCAAAAGCAAAACUACAUCCAUCAAGCAACCGGUGCUGAAAACUCCCACGACUACGACUGCCAAGGUUUUGACUCCAACAGGAACGCAUAUUGUAGUUCCAGCGGUGGACCAGACGAUUUUGCCGGGGGACGGGGAAGUCGAGGGAACAGCUGCAGCUCAGAUAAUCGCAGGUAAUCGCGCAGUGUCCACUACGAAGAAAAAGGAGAAGAAAAGUGCUGUUGUUGGAGAAGUUGAAGGAGCCGCCCCCGCGAUCCUGCCAACAACCGAGAAAAAGAAGAAGAAAAAAGAGAAGGAAUUCGUGGAGCAGGAGGUGUAUGAUGAAAACGGAAAUGUAAUCGGGACGGAACAGGUGCAGGUGAAGAAAAAGAAAAAGGACAAGAAAGAGAAGAAGGAGAAGGGCGGUGUAGUUGCGGGAAUGAACCGUGUUGACACGGGACAGGAGAAGGAUUUGCUUACUGUCGAUGACCAGAAUGGGGUGGAUUAGAAGAAUUGAAAUUGGUCGAGGAAAGUGGAAGAGAAGAGAAAUUUCCUGGGUCCAACUUUCACUUUUCCAUUUGAAUGAUUUGAGCGCGGCACUACAGAUACUACCGUAGGACCGGUGUAUGAUUCAAUUGAUACCUUAUACGUCGUUUCGAAAAAUUUACGCGUAAAUUGCGAAGGUGAAUGUGAAAUGAAUAUCCAGCUUGAGUUCAGCUAGAAAUAACUACACGUCUAAUUGUUCAAAUUACAUGAUGACACACUCCUGCAGCUCAAUUUUACAAAAAUUUCGUUGAACAUGAACCGAAGCCAAUGCACGACUUUAGAUAUAGUUUCAACUUCGCCACAUCCCAGCAAGAGAAAGACAUCGCAGCCACGUAGUAGCUAUACGAUAUUUCAACUAGUAAGUUGUUAUCCUUAUCCCCGAGGCUGCUACGGCCACAGUGAUUUUCUAUCGUUCAUUUUUUUUUUUUUUUAUGGAAGAUGCGCGCGUUGUACUUGUUUAUUACAAUUACACGCGUGCCGCUUGCUCCCCCGCCUUUAUUACUUCCUGACCUCCAGAAGUGACUGAAAAGCUAUUUGUAAGUUGCCCUUUAGGUACUCUUUCAACAAAUUCGCCAUAGCCUCUUUUGAUAUGGUUUUACGUUUCUUGUUGAACUAGAUGAAAAAGAGCCUGGAAGUGAUCCUUUACUGGUCGUCCUCGAAAACCCCGCUCGCUUUAUUACCAUACUAUACCUCGACCACCACCGCUGCAAAGUUUUUCAAUUUUUUCACGCAGAUGGAACGCUAAGCCCAGUAAUCUCGAAUGGAAAUAUUAAAUCAAUUUUAACAAAAAUAACGAGGGAUAAAAAGAGCAUAAGCUACAAACUCGCUCCUUGUUUCAAUCCCUCUCAGACCGCACUAACGCUUUUGUUAAAUCCAACUUUUUUUAAUCCCGCAACAUACUUGGUUGCGGCAGCCCUGGAUCCGGAACAUUAGAGCCUCCUUCUCCUGAAGAAAAAUCAACCAAACCACUUCACAUAUCUCAAACACCGUAUGUGCUUAAAUGAAACUAUGACUCCCUGGCUCGAAGACGGUACAGGUGCCAUACGGCCGGCACUGUCCAAUGAAACUUUUACGCCGCGAGAGUGUCUGUUUGAGUCUCACGUACAUGUGUAUCACGGAAAAAGAAAGAAAUGAACCUGAAUACAGCAUCAAAUCUAGGCGAAAUAGAGGUCGAGGAAUGCGG